GGUGGUUGUGUCGAGUGAGAGUGACUAUAAACUUUAGUAAAACUCUAAGUAACAGAAGUGAAACUCUUACUCACGUUCAUAAUAGGAGUUAUGUACCACCUGGUGAUUUCCCGGCACCGCUGGCAUUGUUUCACCAUCCUACGCUUGACGCAAGUUCAGCGUAUAUAAGUGCCUCUUAAGAAAACAAUACCAGUGGGAAUAGGAAAUAUAACUUGAGCGCUUUCAUGUGUUUAUAUCCAAUAUCCUCAGAGGAGUAGGAAGAUGAGGCAAGAGAAGCACAUUUGUAGAAGGUUCUUGGUGAGAGGAUCAGCUGAAGCCACAGCUGGCCACAGUCACUCGCAGCCAGCUGCAGAUAGACACAGUCAACCACGGUCAGUCGUCGUCAGCCACAAGAUGGCACUCUGCUACAACAUUAACAGCCAGGAACCAGCUGCACCUCGCCUGAGCAAGAAUGAGAAAGAGGAAAUCUCCGAGCUGAGAUGGAACGGAUGGCGGGCCGGAGUCAUUACCUUCCUCAGUGCGGUAUAUGGCCAGAUGACCUUGGCCAGACAGCUACCUCCAGACCCUCGGCAAGACUCCUGGCUUCUCAUGAGGUCUCCCAUACCUCCUCUCCUUUUCUCUCUCUUCUACAUCGCUGCUGUCACCUGGUGGGGACCCCUUUAUAUGAAAUCCAGAAAGCCUUUCUCUGGACUCAGGAACGUAAUGAUGGCAUACAACGCCUUCCAGGUCAUUUAUUCUGCAUGGCUCUUUUACGAGGCUGGAAUGGGUGGCUGGUUUGGUAGCUACUCGUUCAUCUGCCAGACUUGUGAUUACUCCAACAACCCCCAAGCUAUCAGGAUGAUGCACUGCUUUUGGGUCCACUUCUCGAAAUACGUCGACUUUUCGACAGGGAAAAUUUUUUCGGUUGCACAAAAAGAACCCCCAUUAUCACUGUACACAAGCCCUCAUGGGCCCAGCCCAGUACCCGGGGAUGGAGUCCGCUAUCACCCGGGCGGCCACAAUACAUUCUUCGGUUUCCUCAACUGUUUCGUGCACACGGUGAUGUACCUUUACUAUCUACUGGCCGCCAUGGGUCCUAGUCUGCGUCCCUUCCUCUGGUGGAAGAAGUAUCUCACUACCCUUCAGAUGGUGCAGUUUACCCUCGUCUUCCUGCACUCACUGCAGCUGGCUUUCGUGGACUGUGACGUGCCUCCCGUACUGAUGAACUGGGUAGGCUUCGUUUCUGUCAUGUUCUUUAUACUCUUCAGCGAUUUCUACAUCAAGGCUUACCAGAAGCGUGGCAAGCACAAGGUGAGCUCUGUAAUGAAUGAAAUCACUGGUGAUGUGAGCUGGGAUAAGAAGAAUUGCCUUGACGGAACCAACACCAGCGCUGAACCCAGCACUAAGGCAAAGAGAGCUAACAACCCGGUGCGAAGAGACGUUUUUAACGAGUUUCUUCACGGUGGUUCCAGCGGCAUUUCCCGCAAUGGAUCGAUAGACGUUUCCAGUGGGAAGUCUAAGGAUUUCCCUUCGGGUAUUGACGAGGAGCUGGUGUUGAGAAGUCGUGUGUAGCUCCGAGUUGUGAACUCUUUGCACUCCAAGGUUGUGUUUUCUUUUGGCGUUUGCAAGUUAGAGAAUAAGACACACUUGUAUACUAAAUCAUAUCAUCGACUAGUGUUACUCUGACACCCCAGUACUUGGCCCUGUACACGAGUACAAAAAGUACAUUGAUGUACUUGGGAAAGACAGACAACAGAAGAAAUUACGCUAAAUGACGUGUUCAUUUACCUGGCCAACGGGAAACUUUAGCUAACCUUUUCCACGUCUGCAUUUUGCCAGUAAAUAAGUGUACAAACUGUGUAGUUUAGUGCACAUGUGGAAAGAAGAUAGAGGACUACUAAUCCGCAUCUACUUUAUCUGCUAAGGAAUGAUUAAACUGUCUUCCUCUCCCUUCCAGAGUUAAAACAAGAGUCAUUAGACUUUUAUUCAGGUGAUCUACAAAAAAUAUAAAAUUUAAGGGUUUUAUUUCAAAAGCAUAAAAAGUAAUGCAAAUUUUGGUAUUAAACGCUCAAUAUUUCAACCAAAAAUAAAGAAAAAAAAUAAAGACAAAACAAUAGGUUUCAGUUAGUGAAUAAACUAAAACAUUAGAAUAUAUUGAAUAACGAUGUUGAUAGUCGAUCAGGGAGCAUCUCGAUGGUGCUGAUGGGCUCUUGAUCCAAGAAUCAAGUGUCUCUUGUUUAUCUUCCAUUUCCCGGGAUAUGAAUGACCCCUCACGGAUUUAGUGCUUCCCCAUUAAUAUUCUAAUAAUAAUAAUAAUCUAGAGCAAAUAAUGCUUCUAGGUUUGUAAAUAUAUAACUUUUUUCAGCUAAAGCGAACAUAAAAAGUUGAUAUACGAAAUUUGAAAAAAUGAACUAAAUGUUUAAAAAGACACAAUUAUUUGUUUUUGUGUUUCGUCAACAUUUAAUUUGUUCUCGAAAAUGUUUUUUUUUUUAGCUCGUUUUAACAUUCUUAUUUCUUUGAUAAUUGUUGUAAGGCCAUGACGACCUUCAUGUAUGCUCUCUUGAUGUGUACAUGUACGUAAUGUAUGCGUUCUCUUGAUGUGCACAUGUACGUGGUGUAUACUCUGUCUUGAUGUGUACAUGUACGUAAUGUAUGCGUUCUCUUGAUGUGCACAUGUACGUGGUGUAUAGUCUGUCUUGAUGUGUACAUGUACGUGGUGUAUGCUCCCUCUUCAUGUGUACAUGUACGUGGUGUAUGCUCUCUCUUGAUGUGUACAUGUACGUGGUGUAUGCUCCCUCUUCAUGUGUACAUGUACGUGGUAUAUGCUCUCUCUUGAUGUGCACAUGUACGUGGUGUAUGCUCCCUCUUCAUGUGUACAUGUACGUGGUGUAUGCUCCCUCUUCAUGUGUACAUGUACGUGGUGUAUGCUCCCUCUUCAUGUGUACAUGUACGUGGUAUAUGCUCUCUCUUGAUGUGUACAUGUACGUGGUGUAUGCUCCCUCUUCAUGUGUACAUGUACGUGGUAUAUGCUCUCUCUUGAUGUGCACAUGUACGUGGUAUAUGCUCUCUCUUGAUGUGCACAUGUACGUGGUGUAUGCUCCCUCUUCAUGUGUACAUGUACGUGGUGUAUGCUCCCUCUUCAUGUGUACAUGUACGUGGUGUAUGCUCCCUCUUCAUGUGUACAUGUACGUGGUAUAUGCUCUCUCUUGAUGUGCACAUGUACGUGGUGUAUACUCUGUCUUGAUGUGUACAUGUACGUGGUGUAUGCUCUCUCUUGAUGUGUACAUGUACGUGGUGUAUGCUCCCUCUUCAUGUGUACAUGUACGUGGUGUAUGCUCUCUCUUGAUGUGUACAUGUACGUGGUGUAUGCUCCCUCUUCAUGUGUACAUGUACGUGGUAUAUGCUCUCUCUUGAUGUGUACAUGUACGUGGUGUAUGCUCCCUCUUGAUAUGUACAUGUACGUAAUGCACGUGCUCACUUAAUGUGAACGCGUACGUGAUGUAUUUACUCAUUUAAUGUGUAUGUGUAAGUCAUAUUGAAUUAUGAGUAUUUGCAGGAGAGCUAUAUACACAAACCCUCAGUACUGUGCAUGCAUUAUCUCUAUAUAAAUCACAUGUACUCCAUAUACAUCAACUUCAUUCUGAAUAUAUAUAUAUAUAUAUAUAUAUAUAUAUAUAUAUAUAUAUAUAUAUAUAUAUAUAUAUAUAUAUAUAUAUAUAUAUAUAUAUAUAUCGUGCCGAAUAGGCAGAACUUGCGAUCUUGGCUUAAAUAGCAACGCUCAUCUUGCCAUAUAGGACAAGUGAAAAUUUGUGUAUGCAAUAAUUUCGCCAAAAUCAUUCUGAACCUAACGAGAAAAAUAUAUUUAACUGUGUUUGUUUAGUAUUAAAUUAUUGUAAACAAAUCUAAAAUAUAUUUAGUUAGGUUAGGCUAAAAUAAAUUGUUGUUAUUAUAAUAAGGUUAGGUAAGUUUUCUAAGAUUCUUUUGGUGCAAAAUUAAAAAAUUUUACAUUAACAUUAAUGAAAAAAAUAUAUCUUUAAACGUAUAAGAGAAAAUUUUAGAAAGGACUUAAUUUUAAAUGAGUUCUUGCUAACUGACCAGUUUUACAUAUU